AUGAAUAAUGAUGCUCAAAACUGCAAAAGUAAAGACGCUCGAUUGGUUAUUGUGGAAACAGCUGAAGAGAAUACGUUUUUACGUGGUAUACUUAGUAGCCGUCCAAUGAAGGACUAUUGGAUAGGAAUGAUUUCUUCAUCAUCAGCUGUAGAAGGCUGGAAAUGGUCAGAAACCAACGAAGAUGUGACGUUCUUUGACUGGGCCACUGGUGAACCGAAUAGAAAUGAUGAGAACUGUGCCGUAUUUGGCGAUACCAUAGAGUAUAGAUGGGCAGAUGUAUCUUGUUAUUCGGCAAGAAAUAUUUUAUGUGAAAGGGAAAACUUGGCAAAAUGAGCAGUGAUAUUCUUGCUUUAAACUGUACACAAAGAAAGGUUAUAUUAUAUACUAGUAUACUUGUUAAAAGUCAGUCCUUAUAACGUUUAACUGUCACAGAAGAUAACGUCCAAUUAUCAGAUGUUUCUUUGUAAGUGCUUCACUUGAUGAAAUAUGUUUUUAGGCUUUUUGACCUCAGUGGAGCUCCUUUGACUGAUUAUGGGGAAUUCACCACACAUGAAAGGGGAGAAAACUUGUAUUACUAGAAUAUUACAAUUUGAACAUAGUUGUCUCCCUUUUAAACUGAAGUUGAGGGAUAUCGUGUCAAUUACGAAAUAAAUCUACACUUUUUUGGGACGGACUUUUGUAUAUUACGUAUACAUUCUAGAUGUGUGUAACAAAUGAGAUGGGAAUGAGAAAGGUCGCGAAACCCGGUGAAAAUAAUAAAAUGUUCAGUUUCGGUUUGAUUAUUUGAUAUACAUGUAAUAUAAAAUGUAAGU